AUCGUCAAUUGAGGUCAACUCUGGUGUCAUUGUCUUUCUUGCUCGGGUUCGGUUUUCGACUUUCAUCUUUACUCAACUGUAGGCUGGUCCUUCGUUUCCGCUUUUUCUUUGGAUUUCAGUUGUACACGCUCCUUCGAGUCACCCGUUCCUUCCAAUGGCCAACGAUUUCGAUUUCGCAGACCGCGGUCUCUCCAAGUCUCCAGCCCUUUCCGAUGCCCCUUCACGCCAUCUCCAGCGCAAUGCGACUGAGCGCAAGCGCUUGCAAGGCCUGAACCUCUCCAGGACCAGUACAACAAACUCAUCUGCGCCGAAAGCACCUUAUAAGCCCGGCUCAUGGGGGGAGAAGUUCAACCUGUGGAUGAUCAAUGAGGGUCCUAGGCGAAUUUUCUUCUUCGUCUUCAUCUUCCUGCACAUGGCUGUCGCCGCGUUCGGUACCGUGCAUUAUGCGUUGAAGGAUAAUUUGGUUGGGGCGAGACAGACUUUCGGUUCUACCUUCGUGAUUGCGAGAGCCGCCGCAUUGGUCUUGCACGUCGAUGUGAUCUUUAUUCUGCUCCCUAUUUGCCGCAACUUCAUUUCUGUAAUGAGGCAGACGAGGCUCGGAGCUGUCAUCCCGUUCGAUAAGAACAUCACGUUCCACAAAGCUGUCGCUUGGGCCAUCGUUUGGGGAAGUCUCAUUCAUACUAUCGCUCACAUUUUCAACUUGACAUGGCUCACUCUGGCCAACACCAGUGCGGACACUCCUGCUAAGAAGGUUGCCUUCUGGCUCAGUGCCAACUUCAUUAUCGGCCCUCUGUGGACGGGCUGGUUAAUGUGGAUUGCUCUGGGUACCAUGGUCUUCUUCGCUAUCGAGAAACGUCGUCGUGCCCACUUCGAACGCUUCUGGUAUUCUCACCAUCUCUUCGUCGUGUUCUUCUUGCUCUGGCAAUUCCAUGGCAUGUUCUGCAUGAUCAAGCCCGACAGGCCACCUUAUUGUUCAUUCAAUACUAUCGGAGUGUUCUGGCGUUACUGGCUCGUCGGAGGUGUCAUCUGGAUCUACGAGCGUAUCCUUCGUGAAGUCCGUUCUCGCCACCGUACCUACGUCUCCAAAGUCAUCCAACACCCUUCGGACGUCGUCGAGGUCCAGAUCAAGAAAGACCACACGACCCCGAAGGCUGGACAAUACAUCUUCAUUAACUGUCCCGAAGUUUCUCACUUCCAAUGGCAUCCUUUCACCUUGACCAGCUCCCCCGAGGAGGACUACAUCUCCGUCCACAUUCGUAUGGCCGGCGACUGGACCCGCGCAUUCGCCACCGCUCUCGGCUGUGAGUUCACCAAGGGCAAGAAAGGCGAAAUCGAUGCGGUCGGUGGGAAAGUCGUCCCGCCGCCUCUCCAGAAGGUGUUACCGCGUGUGAUGGUGGACGGACCUUUCGGUACCGCUAGUGAGGACUUCUUGAACUAUGAGACCGUUCUCCUUGUCGGAGCCGGUAUUGGUGUCACGCCGUUCGCUUCCAUUCUCAAGUCCAUCUGGUACCGUAUGAACAACCUCAACAACGGGAAGCCUACGAGGCUGUCUAAGGUCUAUUUCACUUGGGUCAUUCGUGACUUCUCAUCCGCCGAGUGGUUCCGUUCGUUGCUCGCUGCCAUCGAGGAGAACGACACACAGAACAGGAUCGAGAUCCACAUCUACACGACGGCCAAGGUCAACGAAGCCGAUAUGAACAACAUCAUCGUUCAUGAUGUGGGCGCCGAGAAAGAUGCCAUCACUUCUCUUCGCGCUCCGACUCACUUCGGUAGGCCCAACUGGGACCGUGUCUUCUCGUCCAUCGCGGACAAGCAUCCCGACACGGAUGUCGGCGUCUUCUUCUGUGGUCCUGCCGUGCUUUCGAAGCAGUUGCACGUCAUGUCGAACAAGUGGUCUGACCCGGCUGGAACGAAGUUCUUCUUCAGCAAGGAGAACUUCUAG